GCGCACUGCCGCUGCGCGGUAAAUCUCCAGCUUUCCUUUCUUUUCUUCCCCAUUUCCCUCUAAAGUGUUUCACUCGUCGCUGCACCAGCAAGAGCAAGGGUUCACUCAUCGUUUAGAGGUCUACUAGCAACAUGGCUACGAAGGUUGCUGUGGUAACAGGUGGUAACAAGGGCAUUGGUCUGGCCAUCGUUCGGGCACUCAGCAAGCAGUAUCAAGGAAAUGUUUAUCUUACCUCCAGAGAUGUUGGUCGGGGUCAGGAGGCUGUGAAGUUGCUGACCUCAGAAGGAUUGACGGUCCACUUUCACCAGCUGGACAUCGAUGAUCUGAACAGCAUCAUGGCCGCUGCUAGUUACUUUAAAGAGAAGUAUGGAGGGGUGGAUGUCCUCGUCAAUAAUGCAGGGAUUGCAUUUAAAAUGGCAGACACAACUCCAUUUGGAGUCCAGGCUGAGGUGACCCUUAGGACAAACUACUUUGCCACCAGAGACAUGCUGACUCACUUCCUUCCCAUCAUCAAUGCAGGAGGACGUGUGGUGAACGUCUCCAGCUUUGUCAGUGUCCGUGCCCUGAACCAGUGCUCCCCAGCGCUGCAGCAGCGUUUCCGCAGUGAGGACAUCACUGAAGAGGAGCUGUCGGGACUGAUGCAGAGAUUUGUAGAUGAGGCCCAGAAGGGCAAGCACAAGCAGGGUGGCUGGCCUGACACGGCAUACGGAGUGUCCAAGAUUGGACUGACAACUCUGUCCAUGAUCCUGGCUCGUCGUCUGUCCAAGGAGAGACCAAAUGAUGGGAUCUUGCUGAAUGCCUGCUGUCCAGGCUGGGUGCGCACUGACAUGGCAGGUCAGAAAGCCCCAAAAUCACCAGAUGAGGGCGCUGUUACACCAGUCUUCCUGGCACUGCUGCCUCCUGGAGCCACAGAGCCUCAUGGAAAAUUUGUUUCUGAGAAAAAAGUUCAGACCUGGUGAAGUGGUUGAAGGGACCUGAGUUUGUUUUUAUGUUGGUUAAUCCAUUAAAGCACUGAAAUGCAUUAAACACUUUCAAAUGAACACAAUAUACAAAAUUGGAAGCAUCAAUCAGGAAAAUCUUUUAAAAGAGCAACAGUAACACAUGAUCAGCUUUAUCCAGAGAUGCAACCAUUAUAUAGUUAAAUUAAUUUCUGGUUUUUGAUUUUGCAUUUACAAAGUUAUUUAGUUAAACAAGGCAGUGCUGGGCAUUCGAAAAAAAACAAAACGUUUUUUUUUAAACAAAUUUUUAUAUUUGUGACGUAUAAAAGCAAAAUUGCUGUUAGAGGUUGAAAAUUGCUGCUGUAAAAUCAUGCAAAAAUAAGAGUGUCUUGUCUAAAUACACUCAUGCCUUCAUUUAAAAAAAAUAAACACUUUAAAAUCAAAAUGUUUUUUGAUUUUUUUAUUCAAAUGUAAAAUAUUAGAAUAGACAGCCACGGAUAAGAACAUUUUCUUGUUUUUUUAGAUUUACAUAUCCUGAAUGUCCUGAAAAAGGCUUUAAACUUCUGUAAUGGUAAAAAAUAACUGCUCUUGAAUUGCUUUGAGUAGAGGUUGUGUCUAAACAAAGCAAAAUCUGACCAUUUACAAAGAAGUCAUCAAUGUGUCUAUCACAUUUAUAAAAUAGGUGAGAUUGUUUAUCACUGUGGUGUAAAAUGUGUUGACAUAAAGAAGACUUCUGUAAAAUAGUCCAGUGACUUGUAGUGACACCUGGUGGUGAAGAGUAGUAUUUCAGGUGAUUAAAAAAACAUACUGUGGGGAGUCCCAAAAUGUAUUUUUCUGACUGAUGAAAUAGAAUAAACUGAAAAAAACAAAAUGAAAUAUUGAAACUUUAACUUUGAAACAGAGGAAAGUGUUCUGCCUGAGUUGUAACCGUGCACUCUCAUGUUAGUCGGACUAUAUGCUUUGCAUGAAUUAUUAUGCCACUUGCACCCAGAAAUUGGCAAAGAAAGAUGCACUGUUGAAAAGAAAGGACAGACAUGCCCACCCCAGUGGUUCAGAAGGCCAAACAACCAAGGAAGGCACAGGUCAGGUUUACACCAGACCCCAUUCCUGCUUCUCCAACCACUGACAGGAGACUGAAGAAGAGGAGCCAGUAGUGUGUCACUUGUCCUGGAUGUAAUAGGAGUUACUUAGGAGGUCAUAUAAUGCUCAGUAGCCUCUGACUACUCUUUAGGUGCUUUCCAAUAAUAAAACAAUUUAACCAUG